GAUGAGUGAUACAUUAUAUACCAUUGUAAAGGCCUAAAUAGGUAAUUUUUAUUUGCUACAUCAUCAAAUGCGAGUUGCGAAAAAUAUUUUUUUGUGAUGAUGAAUGAUAGGGUUUCAACUAUGAUAUGAUAAUAAAUAUAUUAUUUUUGCAAUGGGAGUUUAACCGAAUGAAACUUUAUAAAAAAAGAAACUUUAAAGUGAAGCAUGAUGGUAUUGGUUUCAGAAGUUGAUAUAUAAGUAGACAGUAUUUCGUCAAAUGGUUUAUGUUCAUUCCCUUCUUUUUUUCCAGUUCUUCAUUCUACAAUCAUAUUUAUUAUUAUUAUUAUUAUUAUAAGAUGUUAUCAUUUAGAGUUCUUUUACUUGCUGCUUUAUUAGCCGUCCAUAUUGGAUGUGCCCUCAUCAGACAAGAUGUUUAUAAGAUGGAUAAUGGGAAAUAUUUGAUCAAGAAGGAAGAAAUCGUUGAUCAACAAGAAUUAUUAUUAGGAGCUGGAGCUGAGAAAGCUAAGGAACAAGUUGUGGCUCCAAAGAAGAGAAAAGUUAGAGUUAAGAAGAGAAAUGGUGUUUGUCCAAAUAAUUCAUCUAGUUCUUCAAGUUUGGUGUCUGUGGUCCCACCUGUUGCUACUGCUACUCCUCCAUCGUCCGCUCCUGCUGUUACAACUGCUCCAACUAGUUCUACUACUAGUACUUUCAAUUGGGAUGAUAUUUUUACUUUGACUAGUACUACUACCGCUGCUCAACCAUAGAGAUGUUAGAUUAAAAU